AUGAGAGUAGGGAAGUGGGUUAUUUACCUGGCGGAAGGUAGGGGACCCUACCAGGCGGACCCUGGACCCUACCAGGCGGACCCUGGACCCUACCAGGCGGACCCUGGACCCUACCAGGCGGACCCUGGACACUACCAGGCGGACCCUGGACCCUACCAGACGGACCCUGGACCCUACCAGACGGACCCUGGACCCUACCAGGCGGACCCUGGACCCUACCAGGCGGACCCUGGACCCUACCAGGCGGACCCUGGACCCUACCAGGCGGACCCUGGACCCUACCAGGCGGACCCUGGACCCUACCAGGCGGACCCUGGACCCUACCAGGCGGACCCUGGACCCUACCAGGCGGACCCUGGACCCUACCAGGCGGACCCUGGACCCUACCAGACGGACCCUGGACCCUACCAGACGGACCCUGGACCCUACCAGGCGGACCCUGGACCCUACCAGGCGCACCCUGGACCCUACCAGGCGGACCCUGGACCCUACCAGGCGGACCCUGGACCCUACCAGGCGGACCCUGGACCCUACCAGGCGGACCCUGGACCCUACCAGGCGGAAGGGUCCAGGUCAAGGAGCCUGGCUAGUCCUAACCUUUGCUUAGGGCUAGUGGGCGGAGCUUCCCUUAACUGCUACACGCCCGGUAAUUACAACGGCAGACUGGCUCGGGCUGCAAGUGGCCGUAUUUCCAGGACAUGA